AUGGAUAGCGGCAACGAGACCCUUUUCUCGGAGGACUCAUCGCCCGACUCGGCGCCACCACCGUCGCCUAGCAGUGGUCGAGGGAGCCAACAGCCCACGCCAGCGCCCACCCCGCCGCACAUCACUUCUUCCUUAUCCAAGGGAAACAGUGUUAUUCGUCCAGUGGCCUUCAAGCCGGGUUCAAUGAGAUUCACCGACAACGGCGAAAGAUAUGGCUCCACGCCUAUCCUGGCCAGAUCCUCGCACAGACAUCUAUACGGCAGUACCAAUGAACUGCACCAUCAAUCUAAGAAACCAAAUAUGAUAUCUUCUGGCACGUUGGAUCGAAAACUUCGUUCAGCUUCGCCAAUGGUGAUGUCGUCGUUACCGGCUCAAACCAGCUGCAAAUUUCGGCUGGGGCAGCAAGACGAUUUCAAAUCAUCCUCUUCAUACAGUUCCUAUAGAGAUUAUCGACCUAGUUCGAAGUCAUUUGCAAGGCUCAGUAAACGGUGCUCGGCAUCCGAAGGGUCAGCUAGUCUGUUAGACUUGACCCCUUCGCCGUCCGAAUCUACAAUGUUGUCCGAAAUGGAAACAGUGUUGAGAGACAGGGACCGUGAAUUGAGGCACCUACGGCAAACGAUGGAGCACAACGAGCAAGUGAUCUUCAGAGUUUACCAGGAGAAAGAAAACGCGUGGGACAGAGAAAUGCGGAGGAUCAAAGCAAUGGGCGAAAAUCGGCUCAAGACGGCCGCUCAAAAGUCACUGAAGCUAGAACAGAUGCUCAUGAUGCAGACGUAUAAGUUGCAGGAUGAAAAAAAGAAAUUACAAGAAGAAAACGAGCGUUUGGAAUCCGAGUCGACGGAUUUAAAAAAAGAAGUAGACGAAUUGAAGGUGAGACUCGAGGAAACUGAAUGGGGACUGUGUCAAAAGUCCGGAGAACUCGCUCACGUAAAAUCACAACUAAAAGAUACUCAAAACGAACUUACGACAAAGGGCCACGAAGUGAUAGCGUUGAAAUCGGAAAUCCGAGACCUGUUACAAAAGCUGGAAUCAAAAGAACGUCGUAUUGACGAAAUUGAGGGUAGACGUCCGGAAAGGCGUGACAGCGACAAUGUCGGUGACGGCAAUUGUUGCGAUGACCAAUUGGCGGCAGACAAACUGUGUUCGCUCGUCGGACGACUCAACGAACAAGUGGAAAACGAGUUGAGCAAAUCGAACAAAUUAUUGUCCGGAUGCUACAGUACCGAAGACCUGCAUUCGCUGUUUCCGAAGAAGGACACCGUGGCGGAUUCACCACUGGAGAGAUUUAGAGAACUGGAACGGCACACGGCCAAAUUGAUCCGGGUGCUGAACGAGGAACGAAAGAACUGGGACCAGGAGAGGCUGAAGUGGUUCCAGGAGAAGGAGAAAGUGUUGUGUUACCAAAGGCAGCUUCAGAUGAACUACGUGCAAAUGUUCAGGAGGACGCAGGCAUUUGAGGCACAGAUCGAGAACCUCACCGUCCAAAUGAACGUGUGCUCGGACCACUGCACUAGUGGCAAAAACGCCGCUAGAAAAUCGGGUGCCACCUCAGUGAAGACCAUAAACGCCAUCAAACUAUAG